UUAGAGUAGCACGACUUUCCGGAACUGUAUUUCCCAUCUCGCUCACGGAGUAAGAGUUGGAACUGUAGAAAAUACAAUUAAAUUUAUCUCAAGUUUCAGAUUGUUGGUAACAUUGCUGUAGCUGGUGUCCAAGAAUGUCCAUACUUGACUGUCACAACGGCACCGGCUCAAACUGUUCCUCUUUCAAUUCAAGCGACACUCUCAAUGAAACGGAACAAUCAAAUGAAUUCGAAGAUUAUUAUGACACUGCAUACAAUCUGGCCUAUGAAGAUGUCAAGUAUAUAUUUCGAAAUUACAAUAUUUUGCUGUGGAUUCUUGGCGUGCCAAGCAAUGCGCUCAUUAUCGCCCUUAUCGUGAGUAUGAAACGCAUUGGUGCGGCCUCGUUCCUAAUCAUCUAUCUCUCCGUCAUGGACAGCUUGACCUUGACUGCCUACCUGGUCCAACGUCAGCUGUACUACACCGAUCACCAGAAAACCACCUGGAGCUGCAGAUUUUACCACUCGGCGGGAUUAUCCUUUGCUGGAGUGGCUAACUGGACUUUGGUGUUGAUCACUGUGGAAAGGUUUUUGUCUGUCUGCUACCCAUUCCGACGACAGCUUCUGAUAAGCAAGAACUUCUUCAUAAUCUCCGUUGGAAUACUUUCUAUUGUGCUAACUCUGGUUAUCUUUACCAUGGAGGCUCUCACAGCUGAUGCAUCGGAAGGCGUCUGCCAAGAGCACGAUGACGAGCACCUCUUAGAGAUUGCUAGAGUGUUAAUUAUUUACGCCAUACCGUUUUUCUUCAUUGCCAUCUUUACCGCUGCCGUUCUCCGUAAGAUAAGCUCCAGCUCCAAGAGAAGGGCUUCGAUCACUUCACUUCAAAUAAAACCGUGCUCAACGAAAAACGGCGGGCCGGAAAACGGCCACACCACCAUGACAAGCAUUCAGAUGAUAGAGACGUCCCUGAGCCAGCUCAUGCUAGCAGCUGCCUUCUUGUACCUCGCCCUGAACAUCCUGUACUGCGUGGAAGCGCUGGUGCUGAAACAAAUCUACCAGCACAACAAGUCGAGGAGGCUACAUCACCUGGACUUCGCGUGCCGCAUCAUUCGGGACUGGAACCACGCCUUGAACCUGUACGUUUACCUGGCCUUCUCCAAAGGUUUUCGAUUGAAUUUUAGAAAGCUUUUCCGGUUCAAUGAUCGGGCGUUUGGGUCGUUCCGAAGGGCGAGCAGCAGUAGCACAGGAGGACACACCACGGUGUCAUCAACAAAGACCACUUCAGAGAAUACUGAGACUGUACAUUAAAGUCACUAAGCUUUGAUUUGUACAUAUUUACAAAUAACAUUCGGUUAAUUUAUUUAAAAUACCUUUUUCGUUGUAACUUUCGUACUUAAUAUUGUCACAGGAGGAAGGGUCUAAACUUUGUUACGAUAUUUUCCCAUUAUGGGCGUAGCCAGGAUUUUUUUCGGGGUGGGAGGUGGGGGUAAGAGGUGGGGGACUUUUUCUCCCCCCACCCCGCCGCAAAAAAAUAUGUGUGUGUGUGUACAUAAUACAUCUUUAUUACAUUCUGACACUUCAUUCUUUCGGAAGACGUUUAUUGUACCCUAGAAUAGGUUCCUCUUGGAGUUAAUGGAAAAAUUACAGACUCCCCACCCUUGCCAGCAAGGGCCACAGCGCUCCCCCAGCGCGGGGCGGAGUACUGCCGCCAAGCACUAUUUCCAGCAUUGAAAGCCAACAAAAUGUAUAUUCAGAGGUAUCUACAGUGCAUUAUCCUGCUGUUAAAAAGUUUUAUUUCAAAAACCUUUUGUGCUAUUCUUACUAUUCUAACUUACUUAGAUCCUCCCGCCUCGUUCGGCAAAUUGGGCGGCAAGCUGCUUCCACAAAAAUAUGUCACUGGCAAUGUCUGAAGCCACUCCCCACCUGCUCUGAGGACCUCCAUGAAAGUAUAACGCCAAGUUGUACUAGGAUGUCCCUGUUUGCGCUUUCCUCGUAAUAGCCUCAGCGUCAUCGCGACUCUUAUUAUGCCUAAUUCAUUUUGUCGGAGAACAUGUCCCGCAAACCUCAUGCGACGCUCUGUCACAACCUUACUAAGGGGUCGACUCCCAGUUCGGCAUAGGAUUUCCUUGAAUGAGACCAGAUCUUUAGAACUGACUUCUAAAAUCCGUCUUUGCCAUCUUUGCUGAGACUUAUUAAGUCUUUUUCACUGGUAGAAAUUUGUAACCUCUCUUGACUACGCUCUUGGAAUUAGGUGACUGUAGUUUGCUUUAGGUUUUAUAUCGAAAAGGGAAGUUUUAUCGUCAAAAUCAUUUUUUGGGGGUUUAAACAAAAAAAAUCUAUGGAGCUCAUAGAAUUUAGUUUGCUUUAGAAUAAAAUUGAAGAGAGAGGUCUUCAACCUCAAAACUCUCUGAAUGGGAAUAUUUAAACUCAAAUCCAUCUGGAAGGGUUAAAAAAAGCUCUCUGGAGGAGUGGGGUUUAAACUCAAAACCCCCCUUGGCUUGGCUACGCUCAUAGAAUUUUGAGUGUGUAAUUUGCUUUUUUUUUUAGAUUGAAGAGGUAUUUUUUUUAGUUUCAAACCCCACAGGAGCGGGGUUUAAACUAAAAACACCCUUUGGCAACAAUCAUAGCAUUUUGUGUAAUCUGCUUUUUUUUAUAUUGAAGAGGUAUUUUUAGCUUCAAACCCCGCUAAAAGGGGAUUUAAACUCAAAACCCCAUUUUGCUACGCUCAUAGAUUUUUGAGUGUGUAAUUUUCCUUUUUUUUAUAUUGAAGAGGUGGUUUUUAGUUUCAAACCUCGCUGGAGGGUUAGAACCCUUCUUGGAUACGCUCAUAGAACCUGGUGACUGAUGUAUGGAUUGUCUUGUAUCUAAGAGGGGGUUUUAUCGUAAAUUUCUGAGGGGGUUUUAAAAUUAAAAUCUUCCUUAGCUAUGCUCUUGAAAUUUGGGGAUUGUCGUUUGCAUUCUUUUUUCUUUUUUGUUUAUGUUUUAUAGAAGAGGUAGAUUAGACUGCAAAACCCCCUAGAAGGGGUUUUAAACUCAAAACUUCCUUGGCUGUGCUGGGGCAAGUGAUGGUUUAGUAUUAAAAUCUCACCUAAAAUAAACAAAAUCAAAGCAAACAAAGUUACAAAGACAGUUUGUGUUAAGCACAAACUCAAAAUAUGCCCCCAAAGUGGUUCACCUAGAGUCUUCACCAGGAUUCGAACCAGGGGCGGACUGGCUAUAUGGGCAUUUGGGCUAAUGCCCGGUGGGCCGGUACCCUAAUGGGCCGGUGGGGGUCACCAAAAUGGCCGCAUCAAUGCCACUAUGGCACAAAUAGUAUUGUUACAGUUUGUUUAAUCUCUUAUAAAAAUGCCCUCUGUGUGUCGUGUUUAAAAAUUUUUUUAUCAGACUCUACAGUGUAAUACUAUUUUAAUCUAACACAUUUUCCGAAAUAAUGUAAUAGUCUACUAGUAGACUUCAUCCUUUUAGGGCCUACAUACUCAGUGAUUAGAAAGCAACUAAAGGCCUAUAUUUCUUAUAAAGAUAGAUGUCACCGUAUGCUUGCUUCUAGAUACAUUAUCAAACUUAAUGAUUCUGAGGACAGGUAGACCAUCAUAUGAUAUAGAACUUGUAUAGAAAUGCCCGGGCCGAUUUUGAUACCCAGUCCGCCCCUGAUUCGAACAAGAGAUUUCCAGUUCCAAGUGUUUUACCCCUCAGCCACAGCAUCACCAUAUAUUCUUUUAGCGUACACUUAUAUUUUUAAAAAUAAUAACUAUUAAUCUUAUCAACACAUUCGAAAUUAAUAACAUGUUACAUUGUAAUAAAGAGAAACUAAAAAAGA